UGACCAAAUGCCUGGCCAAGAAACCCAGUUGUGGUUUUUCCUCCCCUGCCUCACUCGAGGCUUUGCAUUGCUGCUUGCAGAUCCACGGGUUCCCCUGCCCUGGGGCAGGUUGCUCAGGGCAGAGGUGCAGGAUCCGGACGUGGGAUCCAGCCUUGCCGGGUGCCCCAGCGGAGUCUGCGCCUGCUCCCACGGCUCUCGGUGCUGCAGCAGCAUCCUCUCUCCUGCCACCUCUCCUUGUCAUUUCCCUAACUCCCUGGAGACACAACCCUUCAUUACAGGGGUGCUUUAUUUUGAUCGCUCUCUUUCUAUUCAUAUCAUAACCUACUGAGCCUCAGAGUGGAAAACUCGAGUUGGUAGUUUCAUAGGGAGGUGUCCACUAACUUCUUGCUUCAUUCACUAGUGCGUGUUCCUAAUUUUAACCAAACUGCUCCGUUUUGAUUUUCCUAAGCUGUGGAUUUAAUGCCCAAACGCUCGAGUUGUUUUCACGCCCACUCAAUGAGGGCCACAUGAGUGACGCUGCCUAUCCAUAGCAGGGGAGGCAGCGGCUGCGGGGAAGGUGGGGCGGCCAGCAACACGGUCCCCAGCUCUGCACCGCGGCCUGCCGGGAAGGGACCGCUCGAUCUCGCCAGGAGAUCUCCAUAGGUGGGUGCUGCUGUGGCAGGUCUGCGGCAGAGGGUACUCAGUCCCACUUUGGGGGUAUUUUGUCUCUUCGCUCUGCUCAUUUAUGGUGGACGUGACGUGCACCAGGUUGUUGCUUGGGGCCUUCAGGUUCUCAGUCACCCGAAAACGCACAGUGGGGUAAAAAGCCAUCUUGCUGUUAUGGCUAUUCUCAGAGGGAGGGAGGCGUGUGGUUGCUCGGACCGGUGCGUUAGUGGGUACCCUUUGGCACUGAGAGAGUUAAAGGUUCUCGGCACCCACCAGCCCUGGUCUAGGCAGUGUCUAAAAUCAGUCCUAGACCCGCUUUAUUUUUUCCUUAAAAACAGGAAAUGGAGCCCUGAAGGCUUUUUAACUGGAGAGUGAGUGAGGAGGGGGUAUACUCGCUCUGCCCAUAUCCAGCCCUGAGCCUGACCCAGACUUGGGGGUCUCUGUGUGUGUUUUUUUUAUUUCUUCUCCUUUUUUUUUUUUUUUCUAUUAUUUUGGCAGACUUUUUGGAAUGUCUGGGAGCUAAGGGCUUUGCUUCAUGGAGCAGAAUUCUGAAGCAAGAAAAAGAGAAAGUUAUAGACUAAACCACAGAAAUGUAAACAUGUCUGCAGCUAAAAUAACUCCACUUUCAUUGAAAACACUCCUCGCUCACAAUCAGACUUCUGUGUGCUAUGCUCAAUAAAACUGCAUGCUAAUAGCGACCAAUUAAUACAUUAUGUAGUUCUGCUUUAAAAACUGAGACGCUUUUAAUUAUUUUUUUUUAAUUUUUUUUUUAUUAUUAUUUUUAAUUAAGGGAGUACUGGGUUUUCUGCUUUGUACGCUGGCUCUCGGCGCUGACCGCUGGCUGAGAAGCGCCGGGGAGAGCGGCGGGCGAUGCCCGGCGGUGCGGCGGGGGCCGAGGCGUGCCCGGGGAAGGCCGGGGCAGCGCGGCGGCGGGCAGAAGCGGCGCCCCGCUGCCUUGGGAUCUGAGCUCCUGGUAAACACGUUGGCCUGUUAAAGGACAUGAUUCAGACUGUCCCAGAUCCAGCAGCUCACAUCAAGGAAGCGUUAUCAGUGGUGAGUGAAGACCAGUCCUUGUUCGAGUGUGCCUACGGAUCGCCCCACCUUGCGAAGACAGAGAUGACGGCCUCCUCCUCCAGUGAAUAUGGGCAGACAUCAAAGAUGAGUCCACGUGUUCCCCAGCAAGACUGGUUAUCGCAGCCGCCAGCCAGAGUCACCAUCAAGAUGGAGUGUAACCCAAACCAGGUUAAUGGGUCAAGGAAUUCUCCUGAUGACUGCAGCGUGGCAAAAGGAGGGAAAAUGGUUAGCGGCUCAGACAAUGUUGGGAUGAACUAUGGAAACUACAUGGAAGAGAAGCACGUUCCACCCCCAAAUAUGACUACCAAUGAACGAAGAGUCAUUGUGCCAGCAGAUCCUACGUUAUGGAGCACAGACCACGUACGCCAGUGGCUGGAAUGGGCGGUGAAGGAGUAUGGUCUCCCGGACGUAGACAUCUUGUUGUUCCAGAACAUCGAUGGGAAGGAGCUGUGUAAAAUGACCAAAGAUGACUUCCAGAGACUCACCCCAAGCUACAAUGCAGAUAUCCUCCUGUCACACCUACACUACCUCAGAGAGACUCCUCUUCCACAUUUGACUUCAGAUGAUGUUGAUAAGGCCUUACAAAACUCUCCACGGUUAAUGCAUGCUAGAAACACAGGAGGUGCCACUUUUAUUUUUCCAAAUACAUCAGUUUAUCCAGAAGCAACACAAAGAAUUACAACCAGGCCAGAUCUGCCUUAUGAGCAAGCCAGGAGAUCAGCAUGGACGAGUCACACCCACCCCAGUCCUCAGUCAAAAGCUACUCAGCCAUCAUCCUCAACAGUUCCCAAAACAGAAGACCAGCGUCCUCAGUUAGAUCCAUAUCAGAUUCUUGGACCAACCAGCAGCCGACUUGCAAAUCCAGGGAGUGGGCAGAUACAGCUAUGGCAGUUCCUGCUGGAGCUCCUCUCGGACAGCUCCAACUCCAACUGCAUCACCUGGGAGGGCACCAACGGGGAAUUCAAGAUGACUGACCCCGACGAAGUGGCUCGGCGCUGGGGGGAGCGGAAAAGCAAGCCUAACAUGAACUAUGACAAACUCAGCCGUGCGCUUCGCUACUACUAUGAUAAAAAUAUUAUGACUAAGGUUCAUGGUAAGCGCUACGCCUACAAAUUUGAUUUCCACGGAAUCGCUCAGGCUCUCCAGCCUCAUCCCCCAGAGUCGUCCAUGUACAAAUACCCAUCAGACCUCCCCUACAUGAGCUCCUAUCAUGCACACCCUCAGAAGAUGAACUUUGUAGCUCCCCACCCCCCUGCUUUGCCCGUAACAUCAUCCAGCUUUUUUGCUGCCCCUAAUCCAUACUGGAAUUCACCAACUGGAGGUAUUUACCCCAAUACCAGGCUGCCAGCUGCUCAUAUGCCUUCUCAUCUUGGCACCUACUACUAAGUGGGGAAAAAAAGAAACACCAGAAAAAGCAAACAAAGACACUUCUCCCUGGGAUACAGUCCCUGAUGAAUUGCAAUGAACUCUAUUGGAGUACACGAAUGAAAAGUGCCUAAGAGACAAGUGAAGGUUUGGCUGGGAAAAAAACACAUUAAAAAAUAGAUGUCAAAAAGACUCUUUGUAGUAGGGAUUUAAAGGAGAUAUUCAAGAAGUAUUAAGAUACUAAAAUGUAAUGUAUAUGGGCAUCGACUCUGUGGACCAAACAACAAUAGACUAUUGUAGGUAAAAGCAUGAAAUGGUAAGGAAAACCUACGAAAGCUAGUGGUCUUAAAAAGUUGAUAAGCUUAUGUGUAAAGUUUGAUAUCGUGCUAGUGCAAAACUGGGACUAUACUACAGCAAUAUAAGGAUAAGUCUAUAGUGACCUAACAUACAAUAUAUGAAUCAUUACAGAAGAGGGGGGGAAAGGGAAAAAAAAAGGAAAAAGACCCUACCUGUAUUUAAAAAAUAGAAACAUAUCAACAAAAGAGACUGGUUUAGUGUGGAAGCUGAUUUGGAAUAUAACAGCAUUGUUUUAGUUGAAAUCAAAUGCGUUCCAUUCAUCAGAGUGUUAUCAGCUACUCAAACUGUGAAGACAACCCAAACUUUAAGAUUCCUUGACAGUAUUACAGGAACCCUGAGCCAAGCAUUGGAAAUGAGAAUGUGCUGAAGGGCAAGUGUAUGACUGUGAUCAGAGGCCUGUACCUGACAGAGGAAGCAGAAAGGAGAAAGAGGAGGACGAAGGUGGUGAGAAUGGGAGAAAAGAAACUUCUUUACCAGUAGGACUGAAAAGACUCAAAACUUAGUAGCGUUGGGACUAUGAAGAAACACUUGUUUGGACUUGUGAAACAUAUUGCUCAGUAUCAUACCAUUCCCAGUAUUACAGGAGGAAUAGACUUGAUUUUAUAGUAAUAAAAAGAAGUGGAAAAAGGGAAAAGCAGAAGAAUUCAGAAAUCAGAGUAUGCAUCUCUUAAAAAAAAAAAGUAAAACUGGAAUUGUGUUUGAUAUUUAAAAGUUACCAGUUAGAACCUCAUCAUUAUUAAGGGAGUUUGUUUUCUAUUGGUUAAAGCAAGAGACAACCCCUGACUGCCAAAAUCAGAAAUCAUCUAAGUAUUUUUGUUAGGCGGGCGCCAGUUUUUCUUUAUCGAGUCGCGAACGCUGUGCGUUUGUCAGAAUGAAGUAUACAAGUCAAUGUUAUUUUUUCCUUUUUAUAUAAUUAUUAUAUAACUUAUGCAUUUAUACACUACGAGUUGAUCUCGGCCAACCAAAGACACAAAAAAGGGACAAUCAAAAAUAUUGUGGCCUUGAAUUUUAACUCUGUAUGCUUAAUGUUUACAUUAUGAACAUAUUAGUACUUAGAAUGCAGAAUGUAUGUAAUAAAAUAAGCUUGGCCUAGCAUGGCAAUUCAGAUUGACACUGCAGUUUGCAUUUGCAUUUGCAUUUUUAGUGCCUGACACGCCUAUCAGAUCUCCUACUCACCAUGUUAAAAUAUGCUAGGCAUUUUGUUUUAAAUUUUUGUUUUGUGAAAUCUGGCAAUCUUGAAAACGUAGGACCAAGUAGCGAUGCUUAGCCUAAGUUCAAAGUGGACAGGUGCUGUGUAUCUUCUUUUCCAGACAGUUCUGCUAAAAUACUUGCAGCCCUUCUUUAACAGUGCCUUGCCAUUCCUGUCCUGAGCUCCUUUUUGCCCAGAGAUUGCAACCAUGCCCAAUUCUUCGACAACGUCAUGGCCAAGAUUGAAAAUGAAGUCUAAAGGAGGCCUCUAAGGAAGAAUACUGAUACCCAGAAAUUCUUUUGUUGCCAUCUGAUUAUGCAGCAUAAUCUCAGCCUAGAUGUAUUUUCAUGAGAGUCAUAUGUCAAAUUACCACACCCCCUUGCUAUUAAUACAUACUGUAUCAUUAUUUGUAAAUAAAGUGAAUAAUGAAUAACUUCCAUUAUUCCUCCCUUUAGAAUAGAGUGUAUGGUAGCUUAUUAAUUUGUCAUUGCAGUCCGUCCUGGCUGUUUACAAAGUGCAGGAUGUUUUUUUCUCUUCUAGAUUUAGAGGCUUCCCACACUGUACCCCAGGCCCCAAAACUACAUCUGGUGCCUAAUGGCAUGACUCCAUUUUUUUGCAACACCAGCUGAAGAACUGGUCUGGAAAAUCAGCACUGACAUUUAUGAGUGCCUCUCCACAGCAGGGAGUGUUUACUGCAAAGACCCCAGUCAGCUUAGACCUCCAACUGUAUCCCUCUUUCUUUCUGUUCUUUUGUCUCUUUUUCAGACAAAAUGGGUGUGAUUUCAGGUUUUAUAGCAAAUGUUCUGCAUAUCCGUUUUGUGGAGCAUUAAUUGGUGCUGUGGAAUGGGAGCCUACUUGCCAGACUCCCGUGUUAUGGGUGUCUUGGUGGCAGUUUAUAAGCACAGGGUUAUAUUACUAAUGUUUGAGACCUGAGCAGUGGCAUCAUAAGCCUUGUGAUCGUUUGGGAAAUAAGCACUGUAAGUCUAUAUCUCUUAAAAAAUAAAAACUCAAGGAAAGGUUAGAAAAACUGAACUCUUGGAAAAGGUUAGUCACCCACGAUUUUAGAAAGUUAUGGAAGGCACACCUACGUGCUGACUAUGAGAAUAAUAGUUUGUCUUUCAGUGGAAAUAAAUCUACAGAUGCUUGCUAUAGCUACUUCAUGUGUACUUCCAACUCAAAAAACGGUAAGUGUAUUAUUGAACAACCUUUUAAUCAAACACUUAAAAAUCCAGAUAAAACAACCGUCUUUGUUUAGAUUGGCAAGGACGUGCCUGGAGGCCUCCAAAGCAUCCCCAGCACUGACAGAGCUGCCUGCAGGAUUUCCACAUUGUGUUGCCUGGCUUCUAUCAUGUGCAAUGGGAACAACAUCCUGAAUUAAAAUAAAGAGAUCGAAUCCUGGGACAGGGAUGAAGGCAAAGCAGAUGGCAUGAUGGAGACCCCUCAUGAUGAAGAACAAAAUCCUACAGAAGGCCAUGAGUAACUCACUGGUGAACCAGUCCAGAACAUCUGUCUUAGAGCUACACCUUUCCACACGACCAGCUCACAGCUUUCCGGGAGCUUUGGAAAACGUGGAUUUUGCAACCCUGAGGAUGAAGAGGAAAGUGAAGGAUGGAGAAAGCCUACUGCUGCUGCACUGGGAUGGGUGACUCUGCUACUUGCAGGGGCUCCCUACCCAGGGGCAGCAGCCACCCCAUGGGGUCUUCCUGUUGGAGGGCAAGGCCAGCCCAGUGUCCCAGGGCGCUGGCAGAGGCAAAACAGGCAGUGGACCCAUGGUAGUGUCUCUGCUGCUCACUGCCUGCUACCCAAUCUGGCCCUGCUACUUGGAGCCAGGAAGACGGGAGUGAGGCCAGAGUUUUAGGGGCUGGUUCUCAGUUCAGACCAUGACAAAGGAUGGGCCCAGUACAGCCAAAAUGCUCAGGGAAGCUGAGCAUCUCUGCAUCCAUACCGUGAGAGACAUUCACAUGAGGCUCAGCAAGACCCCAAGACCUUGGCUGAACGUGCCAUCUGUUUGCCAUUUAAGCACCUGGAAUCAUGGACAACAUGGCCCUGAUGAGUCCACAUUUGUGCAAGUUGGUCAUGUUGAUAACUUUGGCCCUUUGUUUAAAUUAGGACUUCUUUUAAAGUCCAUUGUCAGUCGUCUCAUACCUUAUUACAGCACUCUGAGGACUCCUCUGAAAGGAGAAGCUUUAUAUUUCCUGAAAUUUAGAGAUAUACAUGUGUGCUUAUCUUUCACCAAGAAAUACCCAUCUGUCUGAGAAGCUACACUGUAACAUGGCAAGUGAUGCUGAGAAAAGUUUUAAAACUAAAACUAGGAAGCUCAACUUCCACCAUCCUUGAUCAAGAUAUUUCCCCUGAUAUUAAAUUGGGUUUAGUGUGUACAUAAAAAAAAUCCCUUUGAAGGAUGUAUUUUACAGCACUUGUAUUGUGAGUCUUAAGGGAAGAUCAACAGAGGUUAGGACAUGCUUUUUAAACUGCCCACAGAAACACAGGUAUCAUCCUUGAUUUAGACUUUCUUCUGCAAACUCUUCUUGCUCAGGCUGUUUCUUACACCAGCUAAGAUCUGAUUUUAAAAUAAAUUUUUAAUUACAGAUGCAUUAAAGAAAGGUAAAAAAACCACUCUACAUUAUAUUAUAUGCUUAAUGAUCCCAUGAUCUUUUUCUGCGCCCUCUUCUCAAGUUUUGGUCGCAUCAGGGGAAUGGCCCUGAGAAUAGUCUCUGCUUACCUAAGUCACCGGUAAGUGAGAAUGGCACCUCAGCCAUCCAAAGGAUUCAGUUGACUCAUGCCUGAAUUUUAACUGCCUCCUGAAGCAAUCCUGGUGCAACACAAGUGCUUAGUUCCUUGUCUGGUCAGUGGAGGGAGCCUUCAGAUACCUUCACAGCAGAUCCUGCCUGCCUUUGGGGCCUAUGUUAAGGAGAUUAGGUGCUACCACGGAGGUUCACAGUGGACUGUGGCUAGUCCUUGGGCUUGAUUGGGACCUUGCUGACCAUCAGGAAGACAAGCCCUUUCAUGAGUGACAGGUAACACAGUUAUGUGGCAGCAACACCUGGUGGAAAAAACAGAGCUCCCUUGUGCUUUCUUGGUAAAGGUAUUUCUUCUUUUUUGGCCCUCACUGGAGUCGUCACAUCCCUUGCUGUGUUGGGCUGUUCGGAGAUGCUUUCCUCAUGAGAGCUCAGCUAGGAGCUCGCAGCCCUUAGGGUCCAGAAGAGGCCACCCUUCAGCACUUGGCAUUACACUGAGGGAGGCAAGGCCUAAGGAGUCCAUGAAGCUCCCCCCUUGGUUAAUUAGCCCUAUGGCCCUCCUUCCGUAAUGACAACUGCAUAUACACACACCUGGUCAAGGCAUGAAGCUCUUGGCUAUGCACCGCAUGCCUCUCACCUUCUGGUUAUAUCUUGACCUCUGUGCAGACCACACAAGUGGGUCACACCAGGAUUUCAGCAAGAGAAAACAUGAAAAUGAAGUCUGGGUAAGCCACACCAUUUUCAGGAAGCACGUGAGGCUGCUCAGAAGGCUGUCCUGGCUCCCUGCUUGUUUCCAGGCUUCAGCUGCAACCUCCAAAGUGGCUUGGCUCCUACCGCUGCCCCUUGAGCAGUGUGACUGCUCCUUCAAGGCACUGGCAGCUAAGACUACAUCAGAUGCAUGACCCAUCUUGCUUGAAGAAGGGGCACUACUUGGUGAGCUGGUUAAUGAGGAUAUUAGGCCAACUGGAAUGUGGAAAAUUGUUUCAAAAUGUAAUGGCCGUCAUUGUUUCAAAAGGCACAUAUUUUCAAGAAAACUAAAUAAAACACCCAGGCUGGUUAGGCUAGGAAUUGCCCUGAGAUGUCCUUUUAACUCAGUGGAAUGAGGACUUCUCAAAAUCAGGUUCAGAGAAUUUCUUGGGUUGUGUACCUGAAUAUUGGGCCAUAUAUAUUUUGUAAAAGAGUAAGGGGCAGAAUAGUUUUCUGUGCAUAAUCCUAGAAGUAGUGAGAAAGUCUAACUGGGAAACCCCAUCCAUCCCCCUCACUAUUACAGAACUAUUUUCUAUUGCAUAAUUACUGAUGUUUCCUUAACCUUCUUCUCAUUUGAAAAGGUCUCAGCACCAGGGUAUUUCUACCCAUUCCCUUAACACAGAGGCUAAUACAUCUCAUUGUUAACGUGGGGAUUUUUUUUUGUUUUCCUGAUAUUUUUGUAUUUUGCAAUUUCUUCUGAUUACACUCCCCAUGCAUCACACUCCGGAGUUCCUAGCCUGCCUCAAUGUUUACGGCUUUCCAAAUAUUUGUAGUUUGUUAUCAUGCUCCCUUUGACUGGAUGUUAGCCAAGCUUAGACAUAUUCCACUUCACAAACCUAUCCCUCUUCUUCUCUGAUAAUUGUUAAUGGGCCUUUCUUAUUUUUCUUUCUUUUUUUUUUUUUAAUUUUUUCUGUUUCUGCACACGGGCAGGCCUGAUGUCUCCUGCUGUCUAAACCAUUUCUAUCUAUGACUUCUCUGACUGCCACCUCCUUCCCACUGGAGUCUGUGCCACUCUCCUCAGCCAAGCAGCUAAUGUGCUUCUAGCCUCACCUGGCUGAAAGGUCUUCCUUGAGCAGCUAAAAGACCCUUCACCCCUUCAGCUCUGAAUGGACUUCCAUGUUCUUCUUUGUUUGGAGCUGUUUCUUUCUCAUGAACUGAAAAAUCUCCCUUCCUCAGAUCUCUCCACCAACAGACCACUAGGAAGGUUUUUCCAAACUAUUGUUGUGAACUUGCUGCACUAAUUCCACCAGCUCAUCUCGCCCAACUGUGCAGUGUUUAUUUUGGCCCUCUUCUGUCUGUGUCCCGGCCAGGCUGAAAGCUGCUUCAGGCAGAAAAUGCACAUCCACAGAGCACCCAGCAGCGUGUUGCUGCUUAAUACCAGAUAAUCAUGAGUAACGUUGCCAAAAAAGUGCCUAUACUUUUCCAAUUUUCUUCAUGAUGAAGGUGUCAUUCUUCUCCACUGGAAACUUGAAAGCUACUCUGCAGAAAAUGGAUACAUGGUACUUAGAACAGGCACAGGCAUUUGGGCUAAAUGGUUGCCAUGGUCCUUUUAGCUUUCAAAGCAGUCCUAAGAGGACAUGAAAGACAAAUUUUCAGUUUUAGAUUCAUCUUUCACUCAAUUCUUUCAUAUAUUUUUGCAAAAUUACCAGUUUGUAUCAGAAAACCAGCCAUGUAGACCCCUUGGCCACCUGAGACAUGAGCACAGAACUGCCAGGAACGAUACAGGGCUUCAAAGACCACCUUCAUGCACCCUCCUGGAGAAGAGCUGGAGGGAUUGUGAAGCUCUCCAGUACAUCUGCAACAGCACUGACCACUGAAAUGGUCAAUUUUUAAAAUAAUGUCCCUUUUCCCUUGUGGGUUGAGGAGGGGUAUGUUGACCUGCAUUACUGUAUUCAAAAUACAAGAGGAAGAAAAGAAAAAAAGGAAAGUAAAAAUAUUCAUUUGUUUUAUGCUUGAAAAAUCACCCCAUGCUGUCUAUUUCCCAGAAACACUGCUACAUCAAUAUGUUUCAGUUUCCUGGGAUGAGAAUGGCAUUCAGAUGACCCAGUCAUGAGUCGGAUCCUAUUGUGCUGGAUGUGGUAAAUACAGAUCAUGACUAACAGAUGUUGCUUUUAAGUGCUCAUAUCUUUAAAUACACAAGACUAAUAAAUGCUGGAAGAAGCUGUAUUUACUACCAAGACUAGCUGAACAUUUUCCAUUUCAGCCCUUUCUUCAAGGAGGGAGGAUGGGAUUGUUUUUUUCUUCUAACAUGCUCUGAGGAUAAAUCCAGGAAACGUGUAGAAGGUGCUUGGACAUUGCAAUGGGCUCAUAUCCUCACAUAGAAAGACAGCUCACAGCCUGGCUCCCCAAGGGACUGAAGUGUCUGCUGUUUCCCUGACGGUUACAGCUAUGGAAAAGUUGUAAAUGGCUCUGUAUGGUUGUAAGCAAGUUGUAAACCUCCCACCAUGAGUUUCCAAAGAAAAGACGGAAAAUUAGGACUAAAGCAAGUGGCGCACAGCCUUUGGAGCAGAGCAGGGCUUGAUCCUUAAAACAGUUGUGAAAAUAAAGUUUGUUACCUUGGCUGUUCCUGGAAGAUUGAAGUGAAGGAGGUGGCAGGAAAGGGGGCAUAAAACCAAGGAUGCAUGGAAAAGAAAGAGCUAUUAUCAGUUGGGCUUGGAAAGGGGAAGGAAAAAUAGGAGGAGGAGGCCAAAAUCAACAGGGAAAGAAGAAGAAAAAGAGUUAUGAAGUGCUGUCAGAGGCAGUAGCAAAGUGUCAUGACACUUGCCUGCUUAUUAGCAAUUUAUGGAAGAGGAUAUAAGUGGACCUUUAAGACAUUCUUGCAAGGAUUACUCAGUGCUAAGUGUUAGACAUGAUUUGAUGAUAAUGACAUGAGAUCAGAUCUGAGUUGUCAAUAAAUAGAGAGCCAACCAGAGGAUCAAAACAUAGGCUGGCAACGUGAAGGCAGCAAUCAAGGAGGUUGACUUAGUUCAACCUCCCCUGCCCCUUAGGGAAAGGGGAAUUGCAUGUGGUCAGGGGGUGCCAGGAAGGCUUCAAUACCUGGGGAAACCCAAACACAUUAUUUUCCUGUAUAGGCAUGGAAAGUGAAAGAUGGAUCUGAGGGAUGUGGGGAAGGAAACAGCAACUGGAUAUCAAGAGGUUAAUAGAAAGAGAGGUGCAAGUGGAAGGAGACCACAGACCCUAGAGAAUUUAGAAGUUCAAGAGAACCAAAAAAGUCUUAAAAAGAAGAUAAAGUCAGGUUUAAUUUGAAGUACUGAGCCCAAAGGAGAUGCUGGAGAGCAACUGUGAUGUGCAGUUCGGUAGGAGGAGGCAGGUUAGCACAUCUGGGGUGAAGUAACAGCUGAAGCCGCCUGAGCCGAGGAGAUGGUGGAAUUUGUAAAUGUUAUACUUCAUUUCUCUUCCUACACUUACCACUUUAGUAUAUUUUCAGCUAACAUUUCAUUACCAUUUCCACAAACAUUUCAUGUCAUGACUUCAUUACAAUGUAGACAGCACACUGAACAGCUGUAAAAUAGCCUUGCCAAUGCUGGUAAUUUGCACUGGGAAUGUAAUAUCCAGUUCCAAUCACUGAUGAGUGCUAUACAAAAUGAGCUAUCCAGCAUUUUUCAUUUCUUUAACCACUUACCUCAACAAUUAAAUGUAUUAUAAUGCUAAAUGUACAGUAUGUAAUAAAUCAUUCCACUCUGUAUAAAAGCAUCAGACGAUACAUCUCUGUUGUUUUGUCAUAAGCUGUAUAAAACGCUGGCUUAGCACUCUGUAAACGGCUUUGUUCACUCUUGUUAUUUUAAUUGUAUACCAAAACCCAGUAAAGUUUCAUGCAUACA